AUGAGGUGGUAUGAGUGGAGUAGAAGGAGAUGUGGUGAUGGUGAUGGUGAUGGUGAUGGUGGUGGUGGUGGUGGUGGUGGUGGUGGCACUCCCCUCGGGCAUACAUACCAUUGCCUGGCUCUCGCACUUCUCCCUACCUCGAUAUCGACCAUUCUCGUUUGCAAAGGCCGUGUUGCUCCUAUUGCUGCUGCUGCUGUUGCUGCUGCUGUUACUGCUGUUGCUGUUGUUGACGAGAAGGGAGGGAUGUAUGUGCCCGGAAUGACAGUUCUCCUCGAUGCGUCGACCGGUGUGUGA